CCUGUGGCGUCGCACGACCGCAUCGCUCCGUCUCGCUCUGAUGUAAGUGUUAAAGUAGGACGGAGUGAGCGCUGCGUGGCUCUGUGGCGCGUCAGUAUACUACGAGUUGAGAGGAAGGUCACAGUGUUUUAUCGUGUAAACAAAUAUUUUCCUUAAUAACAACUCUGGAACUAUUUACGUAACCACCAUGAGGGACAGUCAAAAUCUGAUGAUUGAGUUUGUAAAAAUAAUCCAACGGUACCCAGAAAUCUACGAUGCAAGUUUGGACACAUACAGAACUCGAUUUUCAGAGAUGGCUUGGACAAAAGUUGCGAAUAAUGUGAGAACAGAAUUGAAUGAAGAAUGCACAAUUGAAGAACUCAAGGUGAAAUGGAAAGGAAUAAGGUCUUCCUUCAAUAGAUACAAGUCCAAACUUGCAAUGAGCCCCUUCAGUAGUGAGAAUACUUGCAAGAAAUAUUACCUAUGCGAUCACUUAAGAUUUUUGGAACCCUUCUUGAGGUCUAAAGGGCAACAACAAGAAGACCAAGAUAAAUCAGAAGUAACACACGGCGACGCUUGUAACUACGUUAACGUUGACGGUAUUGACGAAUCAAAUGAGUAUAAUGAAGAAGAAUGGAAUCAUAUCGAUAUCAAACCUGACGUUAGUACCAGAGUAGACAAACAACAAGAAACAGACACAGUACAGUCUUCAAGAUCAGGUGAAUCUUAUGAUAGAAGUAAGAAGAGAAAGUACUCAUUUGAAGGUCAUUCAAGCACAGAUGAUGACAACGAAGAUCUCACAUUCUUCAAAAGUAUCUUACCAGACAUAAGGAAUUUUACAAUCAGAGAGAAGAGGAAAUUGAAGAUGGGAAUACUACAACUGAUUGAUGAAAUAGAAAAAGAGAAAGAGAGUACAUGAGAGUUCAUGUCGUCUUUGAAAGACUUUUAGAUGUAAAAACUAGGCUUAGUUAGAUAGUUUGUUACAAUUAAAGGACUGAAAGAUUUUUGAAAUA